CAGCUUCCUGUAAAUUUUAACAAAUUUUUAAUUCAUCACAAAUUACCGUUUAUUCAGUCGCACUAAGCUCGAGGAUACUCUAAAAGGGACUCUAUAUGUAGAUAUGUUCAUGGGCUACCGUAAUCACUUCAGAUGUCUGUCUCCUUAGUAGUUGUAAGGCUAGAAAUAGCUGCAAAGGCAGAACCAAUUCAAUCUGAAAUAAAUUUUACAGCUACUGCAUUCUACGAGUCCCUGGGGGAAGAGUCGGAUACUCAUCCUAAAGCAACAUACGCAGAAGCUGUUAAUAAUACACAACAUAAUUUCCCACAAGACCUCAUAGAAUGCCAUAGAGGGCGCCGGUAUAUGCAUGAAAUAACCAUAGAAACAAUCCCCUUUGAAUUACUGGAGCCAGACUCUGAUAACAAAACUACCAACAACAAAAUGGCUGACAGAUCUGACCUUGAGGGUGAAGCUAGGAACAUUUUGGAAUCUUUCAUAGCUCAAGAGAAGUCAAGGGAAAAUACACCCAAGGAUAAAUCAGUUGAAAUAAAUAAAGACAUGGCUAUUGCUAAAGCUGGCCGUGAAUUAACCAUAAUAGAUAAUGAAGUCCAUCUUAAACAGUUAAAACAAUAUGGGAAAUCUCUUGGUAAAAUGGUGACUGAGUUUGAGGAACUUGGACUUUUAGAAAAUCCUGAUGAUGAUGUCACUGAUGGUGCUAAAGAGGCCAGUAUUGAUGUCUUUGGUGCAGAUGAUUCAGAGACGAGAGAUGAACCCAAAAUGUCCUAUGCCUCAAAGGUGAAAGGAGAAGCAGGGACAUCAAGAUCUCGAAACACUAGCACGAGUAGUGCAAAGGGCCUACGUCAGUCCCCCAUCCCAGCAAGAUUCUCACCGAUUGAUAAUCGUAGCUCCCCAGUGACAUUCUCAGAUGAUAAUCACCGCCCAGGCAGUGGAGGUACAAGACCUAAGAGCAAUAGCCCUUCAGGGUCUGGAGUGAUCCAUUUUAGAUCGGGCAACCCAAUGGCCGAAGUCACUGAAGGAAUUUUACAUCUCUAUAAAGACAAUCAUGUGACUUCCCUAAAUGAGGAUUUCCCACGUAGUGAGAUGAUUUGCAUAUUGGCCGUUCCCGCUUCAAUGUCAGUACAGGAUUUACUGGACUUCACAGCUGGUGUAGGUCCUGGGAUAGAGCAUAUGAAGAUUAUACGCGACAACACACCAAGUCAAUACCUAGUCUUAGUAAAGUUUAGAAGCCAGAAAUUAUCAGAUGAAUUCUACAAUACUUAUAAUAAUGUGCCAUUUAACUCAAUCCUUCCUGAAAUCUGCCAUCUUGUAUAUGUAGCUAAGGUAGAGACUGUCAAGGAUACAGAGGGUGCUUGUCUGCCAGUUGUUGGGCUCACAGAAUUACCAGUAUGUACAGUGUGUUUGGAGAGAAUGGACGAGUCUGUGGAAGGGGUGCUAACAAUUCUAUGUAACCAUAGUUUCCAUGGCUCCUGUCUCAAACAAUGGGGAGAUACAAGUUGCCCAGUAUGUAGAUAUGUGCAGACCCCUGAGGUGGCAGCAGAUAACAAAUGUUUUCAGUGCAGUUCACAAGAGAGUCUUUGGAUAUGUUUAAUAUGUGGCUAUGUUGGCUGUGGGAGAUAUGUAGGAGGACAUGCAUACAGUCAUUUCCAAGAAACAGAACACACAUUCUCCAUGCAGCUAGGGAACAACCGAGUUUGGGACUAUGCAGGGGACAAUUACGUUCAUAGACUGGUGCAAAAUAAAGGUGAUGGGAAACUCGUCCAAGUUGACGAGAGAGGGAAUGUCGUUGAUAAUGAUGAAAAGAUUGAUUCUUUGACGUUAGAAUAUACGUAUCUACUCACAAGAGAGCUGGAAUCUCAGAGGAGGUAUUUUGAAGAAAAGCUUGCAGUUGUGGAGUCAAAGGCACAAGAACAGUGUACUGAGUUAGAGUCAAGGUCAAUGAAGACCAUAGACGAAUAUACUCAACUUGAGAAGAAACUAACUGAUGUAACAAAGGAGAAACAAGCACAUGAAAAGAAGGCAGUGCAGUUAUCUAUAAAAGUUGCCAAACUAACAAAAGAGUUAAAAGAGGAGAGAGAAAUGAAUCAAUGCUUACGGGAGAACCAGAAAGACUGGGUGAAACGAGUAGAAGAACUGGAAACAAAGUUUAACCAUUCCAUAGCCUCUAAAGACAAGGAGCUCCAAGAUGUCCAGGAACAAUUGAGGGAUGUCAUGUUCUACAUAGAGGCGCAGCAGAAACUUUCAAAAACAACAGAGGUAUCCCAGGCUGAGAUACAGGGUGGUCACGUGAUAGUUGGAGAGGCAGCAUCAAAACCUGCAGACAGGAAAAAAGGACGAACAAAGAAAAGAUGAAAUCAUGCUUGCAAUUUUAGUGAAUAAUAUUUCACAUUGUGGGAUCCACAGCCAGUAUUCCUUAGCUCAACCUCUGAUUAUAUCCGUGAUGUAAUCAAGAGGUUGUAGCCUUGUAGGUUCAAUUCCCGCCGAGAUGGAGUGACUUUUUCACAUCAGCCCUUAGCGUAGGAUUU